GUGGGAGGAAGCUCUGGCUGUUCAGGUCAAGUGGAGCUGAAACACCUCGGAGAAUGGAGACCAGUGGACAGCUUUUACUGGAUCCUGGAAAUUGCUUCUGACUCGGUGCGGCUGAUGAAUGGAUCCAGUCGUUGUUCAGGCAGACUGCAGGUGAAGACUAACCCAUCUGACCAGAGCUGGUCCUCAGUGUGUGAAGCAGACCUGGACCUGCAGGAUGCACAGGUGGUGUGUCGGGAGCUGGGUUGCGGUGCUCCUUCAGUCUUGCAGGGGGCGCUCUACGGAGACGUGCAGACUCCCACGUGGAGCCCAGAGUUCCAGUGUGGAGGCCAUGAGUCUGCUCUGCUGGACUGUAGAAGCUCAGGCUCAGCUAGAAGCAGCUGCUCACCUGGUAAAGCUGCUGGACUCACCUGCUCAGGGGAUGAGUUCAGGUUGGUGGGAGGAGCCAGUCGCUGUGCAGGAAGUCUGGAGCUGAAAUAUCUUGGUGACCAGAGACCUGUGGCGGACUAUUUUUUCAUGCUGAAGACAGCAGCUCUCAUGUGUGAACAUCUGAACUGUGGCUGUGCUGUUUCUCUUGAAUCAACUGUUGUGUCAGUUCAAUCUGUGUGGGGAAUCCAUCCAGAAUGUGUUCAAUCUCAUUCUGAUCUGUGGAGCUGUGUGGGGUCAUGGAGUUCCUCUGACACCCUGAAACUCACCUGCUCAGGUAUGAUUUGUUGA